AUGCUUGGACGCCUGGAGAUGGACGUCGAUCAAUGCAUCGAAGCUUAUAAUGACCUCGCCGAAUCUGUUUUUGGCGAAAGAUUGAAACGCAUCCCGAUGACUUGGAGGGCCAAGACGGUCGCACGAUUUGAUUCCUCGAAACUAGAGCAAGCGGUACAAAAGGUACUGCGACAAGUUGGAGAGAAGGAGGAUACUUUGUUCAAUGAUAACGUGGAGCGUAGCUGCAAAACAUUCGUGUGCACCAUUGAUGAGUAUAGCAAAGACAUCGUUCGGCUCCGAAGUUACACUGUUUCGGGCGAGCCCGAAAUUCGUGCUACGAUCGUGCAGGCAGCACGAGCAACGUCCGCUGCGACCACUUUCUUCGAGCCUGUACAGAUCGGUAAUCAUACCGCAGACUUGAAGCCUCUCGUGAAAUGCUUUAUCUCCAUCGGGACGGGAAAACAAGCCACGGAAGCCAUGGAAAAGAAUCUAUUCAAGUUCUUGGGGAAGACAGUUGUGAGCAUCGCAACCGAAACCGAAAACACAGAAAAGGCCUUCAUUGCAAGAUGGCGCAAGCACUUUGAUGAAGACCGGUACUUUCGCUUCAACGUCGAGCAAGGCUUACAAGGAAUUGGUCUUGCAGAGUACCAGCAGGCUGGAGCCAUCGAGUCAGCCACGCUAUCAUAUCUGACGAACAUCCAGCAACGAUUUCGUGUACGAGAUUGUGUGGAAAAUCUCAAGAAAAAAAAUUAUGACAAAAACGAACCGUGCAUUCGUCAAAUUAGAUUAGCAAGUAUAAUGAAUGCAACUACAAUACCGCAAAGUCCAAAAGUGCCCUUCAUGGUGCCUUUCGAUCCAGACCCAGACUUUGUCCCUAGACUAGAUACAGAGGGCCGUGACAUUAUGGGCCAGCUGUUUUCCAAUUUUAGACGACGAAGACGUAUGGGACUCGUUGGUCUUGGGGGUGUUGGAAAAUCCCAGAUCGCUAUAGAGUUUGCCCAUCAGUUCCGCAACCAAAACCCCAAGGGUGCGGCGGUAUUCUGGGUUCAAGCAGGAGACUCGGAUCAUUUCAACAUGUCUUACAGCCACGUUGCGAGAGAACUCGGACUUGACACACCGGAUGAGCCUAUGAACAAUUCUUUUCAUGUCGCCGAAUUGGUUUGUGGAACGCUAUCAAACCCUGAUUAUGGGAAUUGGCUUAUGAUCCUGGAUAAUCUGGACGAUUUAACCGUUCUCAAGGCAGCCUUUUCAGAGACUGACAGUCCUCCGGCACAGAGGCGUGCAGAUUACUCCAUAUCGCAUUAUAUUCCUCGUUCCGCAAAUGGAUCGAUUCUUAUUACAUCAAGAAGCAUGUCGAUUGUGCUGGAAAUGACGAACUCGGCCUCUGCACUCAUACAUGUGCAGGAUAUGAAUACCGAUGAAGCGCAAUUGCUCCUGAAACACAAAGUAUGGCCGCAUGCCUACACAUCCGAGGAGUGCAGACAAUUCGUGGAACAUAUGGAGGGGCUACCGAUAGCGAUCACUCAAGCUGCUGCUUACAUGUCAAAAUGCCGGAUGAGUGUGAAAGAGUAUAUCGACUUAUUCGAACAAAACGAGUCCACCCAGCUUCGACUCUUACGAAAAGAAUUUAAGGACUGGAGGAGAGAUGAAAGACCUCAGUAUGCCGUGAUUUUUACAUGGCAUACAUCAUUCGACCAACUCUGCCAGCAUAACCCAACUGCGGCAAAAAUGCUAUCUAUCAUGAGCAUAUACCACCAUCAGGGAAUCCCGUCCUUUCUCCUCCGCAAGGCCGUGUCAGAUCAAAUGGAGCUCUUUGAUUCCAUCGAGCCUCUCCUAGACCUUUGUCUCAUUUCAAAACGACCUACAGGCGAAUUCUAUGAUCUCCAUAUUUUCGUAAAACUUGCUACGAAGGCAUGGCUCGAUGCUCGCGGCGAGUUAGAUACUACUCAGGAAAGAUCGCUUAAUAACAUUUUCGAAGCGUUAGACGACGUGUUCAGCCACAGGUUUUCUGAUACUCAUUUGCUGCUACCGCAUUUUGUAGAACUUAUCGAUAUCGAGGUGAAAACGGCGGAGGACAAAGUCGAGAAUGCGAUCUUUCUGGUCUUCGUGGCGGAUAUGAGAGCAGAUACUGGAGACUAUGUGGGAGCUGUUGAUCUGUACAAUCGCGCCAUAUCUAGGAUUUCUGAUGCACUGGAUUCAAACAUUGCCGUGCUGUUGAAUGCACAGUCAGGUCUUUCCUGGUCUAUGUUACAAUCUGGCAAACAAGCCAGAUCUAAAGAGAUCGCGCAGGAAGCAUACCAUGCUUUUCGGGGGAUUUGCGAUACCAGCGGUUGGGAUACGCCGAUGAAGAAAUCCAUGUUUAGGUUUUGCCUGAAGAUUGGAAAGGUGUUAGACAUCACCGGGCUCAUCGAGAAAUCUGAAGAAUGUUCGCGAGACAUCCUGAGGCUUGCAAAAGAUAUUGGCAAUAUGAAUACCCUAAAGUCUGCUCUUAGUCAGCUGAUAGAACAUUAUUGCCAUUUAGGAGAUCUCAAGCAGGCCAUGGACCUUCUCGCGCAGUUUGACGAUAUCUCUGAUACUGAUGAGCAUAUGAUUGCAUCCUCACGGAGAGUAAGAGGUUGUUAUCAUCUGCAUAAUGGUGAACAGUCUGAGGCCACGGCAAUCUUGGGAGAAGCGUGGACCGAGAGAAUAAAAACUUUAGGUGAAAGUCAUCCGUGGACUCUCAUCAGCGUGGUCAACUACCUUGCCGUCCUUAAGCAUUCGGAUCCUUUGAGAGCCGAGAAUAUUGCAUAUCAGAUUCUUCGUCAGUCAACCAACUUGUGGGGGGACGAUAAUCCAACAGUUUGGGCAAUCAAGGAACACCUGGCCACCUGUCUGAACCGCCAGAACAAUAACAAGAAAGCGCUUUCCCUGCUUAGGGAAGUCAAGGAGUCCAGAACACGAGUUGGACAUUUGGGCAACGUUGAAAACAUUUUCCUUGAAGUAAGAAUAACUCAGCUUGAGUCGAUAACGACAGGGCAAUACCAAGAUUGCCUGAAAAAAAUGAUGAGUAUUUUGAAAACUGCGAAAGAGACUUUCCCUGGUCACGUACUUCUACAUGGAACGGUGAAAAUGUCAAUAGCAGAGCUUCAUACACGUCACGGAGCACAUGAACUGGCCGAGAGUUUCUUCAAGCAGAUUUUGGAUACUUAUACUGAACAUUAUUCCGAAAUGAACUUGCAUACGUUGCAUGCCAAUCAAUUAUUUGCAGGUUUGUUGAUUUUAACACGACGACACAACGAAGCGCAACAAAUUCUCUUGCAGACGUUAGACAUCUUGAAGUCCUCGUAUCCGUACGAGACGGGGUUUAUUAUUGAGUGUAAAUGUGACCUUGCUCGGUGUUACUACUAUCUAUCAGAGAAGGGGCAGCUAGAGGAACUACACAUUGAGCUCCACGAAGCUGCGCUGUCAGGCGUAGAGGGAAUCUCUAACACAACGAGCCAGAACUCUGUAUUGCCACCAAUAAUGGACCUGGUCAGAGAACACGGGAAUAUCACCUGGGAGCUUUCAGUUUGUGAAUCCAUACUUGAGUCUAACAAGGUCGUCUAUGGCCCAACCCACAAAAUGACAUUGGCGUCUCAGAAUGAUUUGGCUCGGUGUCUACGGGGUCUCGGUCGAUAUGCCGAGGCAGAAGGAUUAGACCGUGAGACGCUUGCUUUGCGCACUCGGUGGCUUGAGGCUGAUGACCCGCACAUUCUUCUAAGCAUGAACAAUCUUGCAAUGGUGCUUGGGGAUCAAGAGAAAUGGGCAGAGGCCAGGGAUCUACAGCACGAGUGUAUUCAAGGUUCAAUCCGCGUCAUGGGCGAGAACCAUAUCGAGACGAUGAAGAGAAAGAACAACCUUGUUUGGAUACUCAAGGGUCUAAAUGAAUAUGAUACCGCAGAGACCCUCGCUGAGCAAGUGCUCCAGGAUAGAUCCAGCAGUCUCGGACCGUACAACGAAGACACAUUGACAACUCGAAGAUCUCUGAUGGACAUAUGGAGAACCAAUGAGAAGCAUUCACAAAUCAUUCAAACAUACGAGGAUUGUAUCGAAUGCCACGAAAGAGCACUGGGCGCCACCAGUUUGUUAACGUAUUGGGUCGUUUGGAACGCGGCAGACUCGUUGACUAAGGAAGGAACAAACAUUGAACAGGCAAGUCAGCUUUUCGAAAAGGUAUUCAAAGCCGAUUACCACAAAUCAGAUGCAGUUCUAUUUGACAAGUCCAUGUUCUUCCUUGCAUACUGCCGGCUUUUGUCCAGUCAACGCAGAUUUGUCGAUAUCGAGCAUGUUUCACGAGAAUUCUUAGCAGAAUAUGAGCACCGUUACGGCAUUCAAUGCCGCGAAGCGGAUACUAUUAAGUUGUGCCUCGCAACAGCUCUUCGAGAGCAGCAACGGCCGGACGAAGCUGUCGGCAUCCUCUAUCCCAUUUACCUUGCGGGAACUGAGGAGAAUAAUAUCACAUAUUGGAGUAUGAUAACUCUUGUACAGACGGUGGAUCAAGAAAGAUUCAUACAGCCGGAUGUCCUGAAUCUCAUUUUCAGAUGGAGCCAAAUGAUGACGGAUCAUGAACCGAGCGAUAUCAUGUGCAAAACAUUGGAAGAGAUGGGCAUCGUACUUUCCAAAAAGCGGCACAUAGAAGCCCACGAAAUCCUUCAACGGAGUCUCAGAGCAAGUAGCAAGUACUAUGGUUUAAACUCGAAAGAAGUCCUUACCCAAAAACAGUAUGCCGCCAAUAACCUUUGGUUCCAGGGGCUGUACUCCGAUGCAUGCCGGGAGAAAAGACUUUUGAUCGAGGAAAUGCAGAUAGCCGUUGAUUUUAACCACAGAUUGUGGCUAGAGCAACGGUUCGACUGUGCUUUCAUGACGUGUGCGUGGGGAGACAUCCACGGAGCAACUAUCGAGGGGGAGUCAAUAAUGAAGGAGUUAGCAGAGCUUAUUGGAAAGGGGGAUCUGUCAAUGAUAACACAAUAUCAAAACCUCGCUUACAUGGUCCUCCUCAACGGUGAGCCGAGCCGUUCCGAGAGAAUUGCUCGAGAUAGCCUCGAGCGAGUCCAGCGAAUACAAGACCAUAGCCACUCUACUCAGAAAUUCUGGGUUGUCCUUCCAAUAGCUCUAGCUAAACAAGGCAAAUGGAAGGAAGCCAUGAAAAUAUGCCGUGAACUCUUACUCGUGGAUAUUGAAAGACCGCAGUGGACCACUGUGUCCGAGUUCCGGGGGGUUUCGCUCAUGAGCAUAGGCAUCAUGCAAGGUGGACAGUUGGAAGAAGGUCUGCAGUUGGCGAAGAGGGUUUACACUGAGCAGAGCAGACUGUUCGGCACUCACCAUCCCGAGACACUUAACCGCUUCUUGUUUUUAGGUCUCGCUCUGUGGUACAAGGGAGACUAUAAACAAGCCAGAAUGAUUGUGAAAGGGGCCUGGCAGUCACGAAUCAUAGUGUCCGGCACGUAUAAUCCCGCCACACUUGCUGCAGCAAGCCUCCUGGGCUUGGUCCAUCGUGAUAUGGGAGAAUACAGCCAGGCUGAGCAUUUCCUGAGAAUGGCGUACGUUGGCUUUCAAAGACAGUUGCGACAGGGACAUCCAGAGCAGAGUCGGGCAUUAAGGGACUACAUCGUAUUCCUGGCGUCAUGCUGGAAAGCAGGAAAAAUCUGUGGCGAUUAUCGUCAUCACCAUCCUUCGACAUGCCAAAAUUGUUUGCAGGCUUUUAUCUGUGAUCGGGAAAAGGACCUGCAUCUUUCAUUUUGGCUUUGA